AUGGCGGACAACCAAAUGAAUGAGCGGGAAAAGGAGGAACUGAGUUUGGAAGCUCAAGGGCACCAUGCGCUGGGGUUGACCCCAAUCUCGUCGCGCCGCAGCCAGGCUGCACCGACUGUCCGCUCUUCUCGAUCCUAUGUCGAUGGCCACAGCACAUACAUAUCCGAAAGAGAUGAAGAGGACGCGGACAUCGAUGCACAAAUCGUGGACGUGGAGGGUUCAUCCGCAAAAGCAUUCGAGGUCGGCUGGGAUGGGCCUGACGACCCGAUGAAUCCCAAGAACAUGAGCAAAGGCAGGAAAUGGCUGAUCGUGAUAACGUUGGCUUUUGGGUCCUUGUGUGUGACUUGCACAUCCUCACUGUAUACAACCACAUAUGGAAAGAUGGAUGCGGAGUUUGGAAAUUCUCGCAUUGUCGCAACACUCGGCCUGUCACUUUUUGUCUUUGGUCUAGGCUUGUCUCCGAUGAUUCUUGGUCCACUUUCCGAAUUCUAUGGCCGGCGCCCUAUAUACAUCCUGGCUUAUGUCUUUUUCACCAUAUGGCUGAUCCCAUGCGCGACGUCCCAGAACAUUCAGACCAUGUUGAUCGCAAGAUUUCUGGACGGUUUCUCUGGAAGUGCAUUCUUGUCUGUGGCGGGUGGCACAGUCGGCGAUAUGUUCAACCGUGAUCAGCUUCAAGCUCCUAUGAUGGUGUACACGGCGUCGCCUUUUAUCGGACCGGGCGUAGGGCCCAUCAUUGGAGGAUUCAUCAAUUACAACACCUCAUGGCGAUGGUCAUAUUACGUUCUCCUGAUCUGGUCCGGGGUGAUGUUGGUCAGCAUCACUUUGUUCGUGCCUGAGACGUACAUGCCGGUGCUUCUGAGGACAAAAGCGCGGCGCAAGCGCAAGGAGACCGGAGAUGAACGAUGGAAGGCACCGAUUGAGAUCAUGGAGAGGUCGAUCUUCUGGACAGUGGUAAGGUCGCUGUAUCGGCCCUUCAUGCUCCUCUUCAUGGAGCCAAUGUGCUUCAAUCUGUGUCUGCUGUCCUCCAUUCUCCUGGGGAUAUUGUACCUAUUCUUCGGGGCUUUUAAUCUCGUGUUUAGCACGGUCUACGGCUUCAACUUAUGGCAAGUUGGCCUCUCCUUUCUCGGACUCACGAUCGGCAUGCUGUUGGCAAUCGCCUCGGACCCUAUUUGGCAUCGCAACUACCUGCGGCUCCUGCGGACUCGGGAAGAGGCGACGGGUGAACGCAAAUCCGAGCCUGAGUUCCGACUCCCGCCAUCAAUUGUCGGACCAUGGUUUUGUGUAGUAGGCCUCUUCUGGUUUGCAUGGACGAUUUAUGCCCGGAUCCACUGGAUUGUGCCUAUCAUUGCCACCUCCUUUUUUGGGUUUGGUACCAUCCUCACCUUUUCGGGCGUCUUCACUUUUCUCGUCGAAGCAUAUCCCUUGUAUGCUGCCAGUGCCCUGUCGGCCAAUUCUUUCGCACGCAGCUCCUUUGCUGGGGCUUUCCCCCUUUUCGGACUCCAGAUGUACAAGACACUCAAUUACCACUGGGCAACGACGCUAUUGGCAUUCCUCUGUCUAGCCAUGGCGCCUUUCCCCUAUUUGUUCUUCAUCUACGGCAAAAGACUCCGGCAGAAGAGCAGGUUUACACAUAUGCCGUGA